AUGGCGCUUGAAUAUGCAGACAAAACCGCGAAAGUGACCCUGGCAAAGCCACUGGAACUCCAUGGCGGCGACUUGGAAAUGUACAAGUCGCACUCGCAAACGCUAGUCCUCCCACAGCUGACACAAGUGUGCAAACUGCUGGAAGUGACCCCAAGCUCGAUAUUCCGAACUGCAUGGGCCAUCGUGUUGCAGCAAUACACGCAGUCCAACCACGUGGUAUUUGGUUCCGUCGUGUCUGGUCGCGACGGUGGCCAUACAGGCGCGGAAAGAAUGGUCGGGAUGCUGAUCAAUACGGUUCCCAUUCUCGUCCAUAUUCCGUUGGCUAUGGCUGCGUCGCAAUGCAUUCAGGCUGUGCAUGCGUACUCCACCGGCCUGCUGGAACAUGCGCACUGUAGCUUGUCGGACAUUCAGCACUGGAUUGGAACGUCGGAGCUAUUCGACACGAUCUUGGCGUAUGCCAACUACCCCCAGUCAGAGCUGCACAAAUCCAACGCACCUCGGCCAUUUUCGAUCGAGCUUCAAGGUGGCGAGGAGUUUGUGGAUAUUCCUAUUUGCGUGGCCAUUUCACCCAAGGAUCCAGACUCAUUCGAUAUCAAGAUUACGUUCAAGUGCAAGGUCGUGGACGAAGCCAUUGUGCAGUUUAUGGCACAUCGGUUUACCCACGUCCUGUCCGUGAUUGCAACAAUCACGACUUGCGAUCAAGUGAUUGGAGACAUUGGCGCCAUCUCCCACGACGAACAGCGGCUGGUUCAGGAGGCCAUGAAGGGCACCCAAGUUCCUUUGCCGUACGAUCUGCUGCAUCAUGCGUUCGAAGACAAAGCACGCGAACAUCCUGGACUCCCAGCUGUCGAGUUUGGCCAGUCUGUAUUGCGAUAUGGGGACCUGGACGAGCAAGCAAACACUCUUGCAGUCAAGCUGACUGCUCUCGGAGUACAAGUGGGCCAUCGAGUGGCUGUGAUCAUGGAGCGGUGCUUGGAGUUUCCCAUUGGACUGCUGGCAGCACUGAAAACAGGAGCGUCCAUGAUGCCGCUGGAUGCAGCCUUUCCACCAGACCGAUUGAAGUACAUGCUUACGGAUGCCAGCGUGUCGGUGGUGGUGUCGACGAACGAGCACUGUGACCACAUUGCCGCCAUGAUGCUGGACAUCCCCAUCGUAUAUAUCACGUCCAAAGAGCUCGCCUUGGAGCCGACCUCUGUAUUUCUUCCGCACUCGAAACAGAUUGCAACUGCGUUGGAUGAAGCGUAUGUCGUGUACACGUCAGGGUCCUCAGGAAAGCCGAAAGGGGUUCCUGUCAUCCAUGGUGGAGCUACCAACGUGAUGGUCCACAGUUCUGCCCCAGUUGGCAUUGUCCAGCACGCACGAGUGAUGCAGUUCAUGGCUGUGUCGUUCGAUGGGUUUCAGAUGGACAUGUGGAAAUGUCUGUCCCACGGCGCGACCCUGGUGCUUCGUGACAAUGACUUUAUGGAAACGCUCAAGCUCUCCAUCGAUGCCUUUGCGUGCACUCCCACGGCGCUGGGUUUGUUGGGCCACCCACGUAACUACCCUCGAGUCAAAGUUGUAUCUGUUGGCGGCGAAGCUUGUCCGCUGGCCCUCAAAGACCUCUGGGCCCCGUACGUUCGCUUCAUGAACUUGUACGGACCGUCGGAAUGUGCCAUCAUGACGCAUUAUGCCGAACUUCAACCUGGAGAUCCCAUCACCAUCGGCCGACCGCUCGAGAACGUCCACAGCUACAUCUUGAACUCCAACCAACGACCUGUUCCUGUGGGUGUCGUGGGCGAGCUGUGCUUGGGCGGCGUUUGUGUGUCACCAGGAUACAUCAACCUACCACAUCAAACAAACAAGCGCUUUAUCCCAGACCCCUUUGUUCAAGGUGGUGUGAUGUUCCGCACUGGAGACCUGGGUCGGUUACUUUUGGACGGCAACUUUGAGCUGUUGGGUCGCGAGGACAGCCAAGUGAAGCUGAAGGGGUACCGCAUCGAGUUGGACGAGGUCGCCGGGGCCAUGAUGCAGCACCCAGACGUCGUGUCUGCUGCGGUAAUCGUCAAGGACAAAUCCCACCUCGUGGGGUACUUUACGCCUGCUUCAGUGGCCAUUGAAAAGUUGCAACAGAUCGUGGCAGCCCACUUGCCAGUAUACAUGGUCCCUGCGGUAUGGGUGGGGCUGGACGUGAUGCCGCAGAACUCGAACGGCAAGAUCGACAAGAACGCGCUGCAGGCGUUGGAGUCGGAGGUGCAAGUGGAAGCAUUGGAGACCGAGUCGGAGCUGCGGAUGGCAAAGAUAUGGGCGCAGGUGUUGGGUGUAAAUGUAAACGACAUUGGCCGCCGGACGUCGUUCUUCUCGAUCGGUGGCGAUUCCAUCAGUGCCAUUCGAGUAGUUCAACUGUGUAAGAAAGCUGGGUGGCACAUCUUGGCGUCGGAAUUGCUGCUGUCCAACACAUUACAGCAAGCCUCGUCCGUGAUGUCGUCGGUUAAAAAGCAAUUGGAGUGGCCCUCCAUCGAAGUGAGUGAAUGUGCGCGAAGCCGUAUUCAACGUCGGUGGCCCGGGUACGAGUCUUGCUUUCCGGCGACUCAGGAGCAACAUGACAUGAUCAGCACAAUCGACACAACGCCAUCCUCAUUCGUCUCGCAAGUACGAUUCGACUUGAGCCAGGGCCUGGACGACGUACCCGACAAGUACCGGCACCUUGUGGCUCAACGUGACAUUUUACGCUCUACCUUUGUCAAGACGGAGUUUGGAUUGUUUCACGUCGUGCAACCAAGCACAAUGUACAUUUCCAUUCCCAGGAUAUCGACAUUGACUUUGGACGCCUUUUUGGCCGUGGAUUUGACUCGUGCGUUUACCCUCGACGAUUCGUCGUUCGCUCGUUUCGCCGUUGUCGAGCAUGGGAACGGCCAAGUUCAUGGCGUGCUUACCAUUCACCAUGCUUUGUACGACGGGGCCACCAUGGCGAUGCUAACGGGAGAUGUGCUGGAUGCACUUCAAGGACGCCCGCUCGCUGUCCGACCGCCUUUUCGCCUCGUGGUCGACUACAUUGAAGCCCAAGACAGUGCUCUGGCUGAACGUUAUUGGACGACAUACCUUCGCGGAUUGCCUGGUCCCACCUGCGUUGCGUGUACUUCCAAUGCUAAGGAUUGCGCUGUUGCUCUUGUGGAAACCAUCCAAAUGCCCAGUACGUCAGCGUUGCUCAAGAGGAUACACGUGGGAAUGGCCGCCCUUGUAAGCCUAGCGUGGGCAACGACACUUCGUCGUCUGCUCCGCAUGGAUGAUGUAGUGUUCGGGCAAGUAGUAUCAAAUCGCACAAUCCCAGUCAAAGACGUCGCCAG